GCACAGAUCCCGGAAGAAGACAGGUGUAGCGUUCAACGAAUAUUACAAAUGAGGAAAGUACUUCAGAGUUUCUCUUGUGACCUAUGGAAUGGGACAGACAGUUUAAAUGUGUAACUUCUGUGUGAGCUCGGUAUCGGAAAAACACCGGAAUGGGUCUGAGCACAUCGUUCGGAGAGUCGUACACGGAUAAUCUCAUCGGUACUUUGCUUGCCAUCUUUGGAAAUUUGUUGGUCAGCAUCGCUUUAACAAUUCAGAAGCUGGGCCAUGUGACCUUGGCGGGCACCAAUGAUCCUCGUUCUUUCUACCGCACUAAAACCUGGUGGUGUGGUUUUGUCCUCACUUGUCUGGGAGAGUCGGCCAACUUCACCUCAUAUGCCUUUGCUCCACUGUCCCUCGUGGCUCCUCUAAAUGCUGUGUCUCUGCUUGCAAGCUCAAUUCUGGGUUUUAUUUUCCUCCGAGAAAAGUUGAAGGCUAAAGAAUUUGCAAAACGCUAUGGCUUGUCAUUUUUUGGCUGCCUGCUAACAAUUGGUGGAUCUUAUCUCUUUCUAUCUUUUGGACCAAACUCUCACGAAAAACUUGAUGCAGAGAAUGUUGUGAAGCACCUUGUGGCUUGGCCUGUUCUUUUAUACUUGUUCAUUGAGAUUAUCACAUUCUGCCUGCUUCUCUACUUCUACAAAAGACGUCGUUGUAACUACCUUAUUAUCAUUCUACUGCUGGUUGCUUUGCUGGGCUCUGUGACGGUGAUCACUGUGAAGGCAGUGUCGACCAUGUUGAUUCUGACAAUUGAAAAAUCAAUGCAGUUGCAAUACCCUAUUUUCUAUGUCAUGUUUGUAUGUAUGUGCACAUCAGUGAUCUUCCAAGCCAUAUUUUUGUCUCAAGCUUGCGCUCUUAACGACUCCUCUCUGAUCGCAAGUGUCAAUUACAUAAUUUCCACUGUCUUAGCCAUCAUAGCUGGUGCGGUAUUUUAUGAGGAAUUCAAUCAUGAAGACAUUCUACAUAUCUGCAUGUUUCUGUUGGGAACUGCUAUUUGUUUCCUGGGGGCAUUCCUGAUCACUCGUAACAGGAAGAGGACCAAGGCCUUCGAGCCCUAUGUGACCAUGGACGUGGCUAAUGGUGUCCCGACCCUCCACUGCAAGCGCUCUGUGAUCCAGCCUGAAGGGUCUUUCUCUUAUGGUGCACUGGUGAACAACGACAGUGUGACCUCUGUCCCUGCCCACCCACAUCAUCCUCCGGUCAGCUCCGACUCUGCACAGGCCUCUCCCGUGCAGCUGGACCUUAAGACUGACUAAUGCAAACUAUUUUAAAAUGCUACCUAUGGUGUUCUUAUUUAUAUGCCUUAAAUAAUGUAAAAAGAGGCAACUCAAAUCAAGACAUUGUAAUAUUUUGUAUAUUUGGUCAUGUCACUUUGAAAUGAUAAUUGUGCCUUGGUAUACUGCACAUACCUUUUUAAUUUAUAAUGAAACUGCCAAUGUAUUCAAUGAAAUGAACAGCUAUACCCACUUCCAUUCUCUAUUAGCUAUUUGGGUAUAACCAGAAUCUGUUGCCUUGCCAGCCCAAACCACUCAGUUGAUAUAUCUGAAGAGAAUGAAGGAGGGAAUGGCUGGUCAGGCAACAGUAUGUGUGUAUUCACAUUUUAUCUGCAUUUCUAAGACACAUCUUUAACGUUCUCUUUAAUAUGAAUGUUCUCUUUUUCUCUACCAAAAAUGAUGCAGAUUAAAAUGAGUGCCUUUAACCUGUUGUUAACCCAGACUGCCUUCAGUUAUUACAGCACUGUUGUAUCAAUGUAUUACUGUGAUUGUUGGUGAUGUUUAUAAAGACAUUGCAGUUAAAAGUUAAUAUCAAGUG